AUGGACUUCCGCCAAGCGCAGGGAGCAGCCAAGCUGCAGCAGGUUACCCAACUGCUCGACACUCUCAAGAAAGAUCUGCAGGAGAAGCGUCUGACAGCAGCGCAAAAAGUUCAGACCCUUCUGCAGCUGCGCCAGUAUGGCACGAACCCCGUCGACGCCGGGCCGAUCUAUUGCAGCGAUGGAAUCGGGAUACUGGUGCGAUAUGGACUCGACGGGGAGACAGCAGAUGUGCGACGUGCUGCUUUGCGCUGCGUUGCCAAUGCCCUCCUCCUCGAUUCCAAGAUGCGCCAGGUUUUUGUGGACACGGGAUAUGGAGGCAAACUGGCGGAAACCCUGAAGACUGAUAAUUCCGAAGAUGAAAUGGUCACCAGUCGCAUUCUGUUCCUGUCGACCUACGAUACCACAAUGGACUUCGAAGUCCUAAUCACGAAGCAUUCCCUCGGCGACAACGUGAACUAUCAACUAACUCGCCACGCGAAACAAUUCCCCAAAUCCGGUCGACCGCCGUUGUCUCAGAUGGACGAAAUGGCUCUUACCGAUACCCUGAAACUCAUUUUCAACAUUUCCAAGCUUUACCCCGAUCUAGCUGUCACCUUCUCGCCUUCAAUCCCCCAUAUCCUGAAGAUCAUAAGCCGCAUCGAAAUUCCAGCCAAGCCGCUGGACGGCCUGAUCAGCUACCUGAUCAACUGUUUAUCCGUACUGGACCUGGAGGAAAAGAAAGAGAAACACUUUGAGAGCAAUCCGCUCUUUCCCAAGUUCAACCAGAACUGUAAUGUUGAUAAGCUGAUCAAUAUCCUUGAUCAGGCAGUAUCACUAUACCGCCCGGAGGAGUUGGAGGAAAAAGCAGUCCCGCUUCUACAUUCUCUCAUCGUCGUCCAUGAAAUUGCCCCCGAUGGCCCGCGCAAGUAUAUGCAGUGGCUUCUUCUGCCCGAGGAUAACGAUCGCACCUUGCCAAUUGGACAUUCAGAUACUCUUGCCUCGAAGCUUUUGCAGCUUUCUACCAGCCCCUACCCGAACCUCAAAACUGGCAUCUCGGAACUGAUGUUUGUUCUUUCGGGCAAGGACGCCGAGAAUCUCACACGACGGAUUGGCUAUGGGUUUGCCGCUGGUUUCUUGGCUUCGCGCGGAAUGGAAAUUCCCCAGACUGCCGGCGAAGCUUUCGCGACUAAUGAUCCCACUGGGCUGGACUCAGAGGUCAACCCAAUCACCGGACAGCGUUGGGCUGCAGAGCCGAAGGAUUCAGAGCCUCCCAUGACUGAGGAAGAGAAGGAAAGAGAAGCAGAGAGACUGUUUGUGCUGUUCGAAAGAGCAAGGGCAAAUGGUCUUAUCACGAUGGAAAACCCAGUGGCCCAGGCAGUCCGAGAGGGAAGAUUCGAAGAGCUGCCGGACGAUGCCGAUAGCGACUGA